AUGGUGAGGAUGAAUGACCUUGAUCACCUACUUGGGGGUUUCACACUGCCCCAAGCCCGUGGAAGGCUAGUUGAUUUUUGGGCCAAGUACAGAGUAUUAUUCCCAAGACAUCAACUGUGGGAAGACGUCGAUGCUGGAAGGAAAGACCCUGCUUGUUGUGUCCCAAUUCUCAUACAUGGUGACGAGGGGGUCACAUACAAGAAAAAUGGACUAUUGGUUUUGAGUUUCCAAGGAGUUUGGGGACAUGGAUCAUCCAAAAGGAACGUGGACUACAGGGCUGUGGAUGAAGGAAUCCCCCUCAACUUCCUACGAACUGGAUUCCAAACGAGGAUGUUGAUUUGCGUAUGUCCUAAGGAGUUGUACCAGGAUGACCCCAGGAUAUGGAACGCGAUCUUUGAGAUCGUUGUGGCCGAUCUUGCUGCUUGCGAACGGGACGGUAUAGACUUGGGAGGUCAACAAGGACGGAUCUUUCCAAUUGUCUUGGCCAACAAGGGUGAUUGGAGCUACUUAGUAUCAAGUGGGAACCUGGAGCGUUCCUACAGAAGAGCACCCAAGGGUGCGGGGGACCAGGGUGAUUUUCAGGUUCAAGGUCCUGGAAUCUGUCAUCUGUGUGCUUGCGGCCAGGGCAUCGACUGGGAAAAUAUGGCUGAAGCGGAGGCUGCAAUGGAGGAAUCCCAUACUGUUGCAAUGGCUCCACCCUGGGAGCGAGAGUGCCCUAUGACACGUCUACUGUUGGUGGAUGGGGAGGUCAAUGGCAAAGCGCGGUUCCACCAGGUGGAUUGCUGGCAUUCCAUUCACCUGGGUGUCGGUAAGUCCUGGGUUGCAUGUGGCAUCAUGACAUUGCAACAAUUGAUAUUGGAUGGAACCAACGUGGACAGCAGAAUAGAAGUCAUCGCCCGUGAAUACAAGGAGUUCUGCCGUCGAUCUCGUUUGGACCCAAUCAUCAGGAAAAUCGAUGUGAGAACGUUUGGGUGCACUACAAGCCCAGAAGGCACGUGGAACAAAGCGGCAAUCACAAGCAAUUUCAUGAUGUUUUUGGAGGACUUUUGCGAGCGUCGUUCUGACUUGAUAGAGCAGCAUGAGCGCCUACGGCUUUUUGUUGUUGGCACAAAACACUUGAACAAGUUCAUGAGGGGCAUCUACGCGAACGAUGCGCUGAUUCCUUCUGCACUGGCAUUGGAGCUUGGCAAUAGCCUCCGGACUUUUAUUAAGGCUUACAUGUGGCAAGCCCAUGCAGCCUAUUCUUUGGGGUUAUCGUUUUAUCCUCUUUAUCCAAAGCUGCAUGCUCUGCAUGAAGUUGCCUUUGAGCUUAAGCGGCAGUCCAGGAUUGCUGCUUACUGCACUAAUCCUGCGAUAUUUACUUGCAGUCUUGACGAAGACUUCAUUGGCAGAUGUGCCACGGUGUCUCGUCAGGUAAGUCCGCGAUUGAUAGCAUUGCGGGUUUUGCAAAGGUACUUGGCCCAUAUUCAAUCAAUAUGGGCCCGAGGCUGA